AACAAUGCAACAAAAAAGCAUGCUUUUGAAAUCUUUGGCCGAACGUGCGCACAAACGCGAACCGGAACAACAGAUAUCGAGAAGGACUGUCAAACAAAGUGAUGAUGGCCAGGUGGGACUUCUCGACUUCUCACUUUGCUCUUCCAAUGAGCUUCUGUUUUGAACGAGACGAUCCUCUUCCCAAACCAUUCCAAUCUUUUCUUCUUGACAGGUUGCAGUUUUUGGAUCCCAUAAAAAGCUCCGCAUUGUUUGGAUUUAUUGCUUGUGUUGAUUGCUUGCUUAAAAUUGAUAUCUAUCUACUAGUAGGAUGAUGGCUCUUGUUUGGAUUACAUCCUUGGUGUUGCUCCCCAUGGCGGCAUCGGUUGGACCAGCUUUUGUAUCGACGAACAAAGCACUCCUGCCAAGAACGCGAAGCUUUGCCAGUGUGGUCGAUAUGGAUGGAGGUUCUUUCUACAAUGUCACCAGCACCAUGAUGACGCCUGUGGGUGCUUGGGUUCAGCCGAGGCAAGUGGCAAAGCCACCACCCAUCGUGCAAGAAGCAGUGGCCGUGGAACAACCCGUAUGGAAUGAGAAUCAGCAACAAACAAGCACAUCCUUUGAUAGGUUUGAUCCACCGGUGGAUAAUCAGGCCAGUGGUGUUGGUGUAUUGCCUAUCAUUGGUGGAAUGUUCCUGGCAGGGUUCUUUGCCCUUUCCGCGAUGGCACCAAUGGCUUCCGUGGAGGAAACUACCAUUAUUGCGCCAACCACGACAAUGACAACAACGACAACUGUACAGCAACAAAAGACCGCGACAGAUUCUACCAGCCAGCCAACGCCCUAUUGGGUGAAGGAGCAGCAAGAUUUGGAAGAUCUUGAUCAAGUCACCGGCUGGGUCACAGGAUUUGACUCUUUUUGAGCAUUCGGUACCGUACACGGAUGCAUAUAUAUUAUUCAAUCAGAGUCCACUCUUGAUCUCAGCAGUAAAAGAUAUUUGGUGGUGAUCUAUUUGGUGGACAGAUACUAGCUCGAGAGCUGGUGUAUUGAUGUACAUGCCAAGUCCCACCGUACCAGUAGCAACUAUAAGUACCAUAGUAAGGAUAAGUUUUGAUG